AUGGCAGACGUGGUUGAAGCGUGGCUGGCCAAGCGCGGAUGGACUGUUCGCAGGCAAUGCGUCGACGCGGUCGAGCAGCGAUUCAACCUGUUUGCCUACUACGAGGACAAGAGUCACCCCGACGGUCAUGCCGGGUCACCGUCAUUGUCAUCGUCGUCUGCAUCUGCUGGGACGGAUGGUGGUACGCAGUCUGCGCGCCGCAGGGUCGGUCCGGUUGGAAAUCCGGCCAUUCUGCUCAACACGCACAUCGACACGGUGCCACCGUACAUCCCGCCAAGCGAGGACGCCGAGUUCCUGUAUGGGCGUGGAGCCUGUGACACCAAGAGUCUUUUGGCUGCCAUGAUGCUGGCUGCACACGAGGCAGUCACCGUGCACGGCGUCGUCGAUGUCGGGCUGCUGCUCGUCGUCGGCGAAGAGACCGAUCACAUUGGCAUGAAGCGCGCCAACGAGCUCAAGUUGACCCCACGGCACUUGGUUGUGGGAGAGCCAACCGAGUCGCGCAUGGCGCGGCGCCAGAAGGGCAUUGUCAAGGCCUCCAUCAGCUGCGAAGGCGUCGCCGCGCAUUCUGGCUACCCAGAAACCGGCGUCAACGCGCUGCUGCCGUUGAUGGAUAUUCUUGGCGACAUUCGAGCGCACGCGUGGCCGAGCGACCCGCUGCUGGGCGAUACGACGGUCAACUUUAUUGUGCGCGAGGGCGGCGUCGCCUGCAACGUUGUGCCUGCGCGAGCUGUCGCCGAGCUGCUUGUGCGCGUCGUCACGACACCCGAGGACAUUCAGGCGCAGCUCUCCAGCAUUGUCGGCACCCGCGGCAAGAUUGAGUUUACCACCUGCAACCCGCCCAUCGACCUGUCUGUCGUCGACGAAUGCCACCGCACGCGCCGCGCGCCCACCGAUCCCGUCAACUGGGUGCUGCCGUCUGCCAUUGUCAACUUUAACACGGACAUUCCGUACUUUGAGUUGGCAGCCCCUGGAAAGGCGUAUCUGUACGGCGCCGGCUCGAUUCUCCACGCGCACACUGCCAACGAGCGCAUGUCCAAGGCGGAUCUUCGCCAGUGCCGUGAUGUCUAUGUGGAUUUGAUCCGGCACUUUGCCACGUCCUUGUAG